CCAAGCGUUGUGCGUAAUGUCCCAUUGAGAAGAACAGCAAAAGAUGGCGAGCUCAAACAAUCCACGUAAAUUUAGCGAGAAAAUCGCUUUACAUAAUCAGAAACAGGCGGAGGAGACUGCGGCUUUCGAAGAAGUGAUGAAAGACCUAAACAUCACUAGAGCUGCACGGUUGCAGUUACAGAAGACCCAGUAUUUGCAACUAGGGCAGAAUCGUGGACAGUACUAUGGAGGCUCACUGCCCAAUGUCAAUCAGAUUGGAAAUAGCAACAUUGACCUGCCUUUUCAGAAUUCCGCUUUGGACACCAGUCGGUCGACCAGGCAUCACGGGCUGGUGGACCGUGUUUACCGCGAUCGGAACCGUAUAACCUCGCCCCAUCGCCGGCCCCUCUCUGUGGACAAACAUGGCCGCCAGAUUGACAGCUGCCCCUAUAGCUCCGUGUACCUCUCACCCCCACCGGAUACCAGUUGGAGGAGGACAAACUCUGACUCAGCACUACACCAGAACACCAUGAACCCUGUGCCCCAGGAUGUGUUUGCAGGGGGAUCACAAGAGCUACAGCCUAAACGAGUGCUGCUGCUUACAGUGCCUGGGACUGAGGAGUCUGAAUCAGAUGCAGACAAGGAUACACAAUGGGAUAACAAAAAGAAUGACUCAUCAAGAACCAAGUCCUGCGAAGUCCCUGGGAUCAAUAUAUUUCCAUCACCAGAUCAGGAAGUGAACACGUCAUUGAUCCCGGCCACGCUCAAUACGGGAGGCUCCCUGCCUGAUCUGACCAACAUCCAGUUCCCCCCACCGCUGCCCACUCCGCUGGAUCCAGACGACACUGUGGCGUUUCCUUCCCUUAGCUCAUCCAACAGCACAGGCAACCUGACCACCAACCUUACCCACCUCGGCAUCAGUGCUGCCAGCCACGGGAUCACUACCACCUCUCAGCCUACUAUGACUGUGGCGGCCCAGCGUAGGCAGCCCACCCUGAUCCCCCUAACCCUCAACGCAGACCCCCAGCCACAGCAGUCCCCGCAGCAGCUCUCCCCCACGCUGUCGCCCCCUCUCAACAUCCAGGCAGUGGCGAUGGAGGCCUUGACUCUGGAGCAGCAGCUAUCCCAGUAUGCUUUCUUUAGCCAGCUGACAGUGCAGGCCCAGGCUCAAGUGCUCAAUGACCUGCAGCAGCAGGCCCUGCCCCAGGGCAUCAGGCUGAUCACCCUGGCCACCACCACUGCCCCAACAGCCACCCAGUCCUCCCCGGACAGCCAGAUCCAGACGCCCGGAAGCAUCAACGUCAACUCGUACCGCAAUCAGACAGGCUCUCCGGCCAAUCAGUCUCCAACUUCCCCAGUCUCCAAUCAAGGCUUCUCCCCGGGCUUCUCCCCUGGCGGCUCGCCUCAACACAUUCCGGUGGUGGGCAGUAUAUUUGGGGAUUCGUUCUACGAUCCGCAGCUAGCAUCUCGGCAGACCAAUGCUCUCUCCCACCAGCUCGAGCAGUUCAAUAUGAUUGAAAAUCCCAUCAGCUCCAAUAGCCUAUACAGCCAGUGCUCCACCCUCAACUACACACAAGCAGCCAUGAUGGGCCUUACAGGGAGCAGCCUGCAUGACUCCCAGCAGUUGGGCUACAGUAACCAUGGCAACAUCCCUAACAUCAUUCUCACAGUCACAGGUGAGUCUCCACCCAGCCUCUCUAAGGAGUUAACCAACUCACUGGCUGGUGUUGGAGAUGUCAGCUUCGACGCGGACUCUCCCUUCCCAUUGGACGAGCUGAAGAUCGACCCUCUCACACUGGAUGGACUGCACAUGCUCAAUGACCCCGACAUGGUUCUGGCUGACCCUGCCACUGAGGACACGUUCAGGAUGGACAGGUUGUAAUGCAGAAUACUGGCUGUGGCCAACAAAAAAAUAACCCUGGUAAGAAAGGGAAACGAGGCAUGGUGGGGGUGAAUCAUCUCCCCAGUUUCAUGGCCAUACAGCUAUCUGAUCUCACCCUCAAGUCCUUUCAAAUAAUAUGCCAUCAAAAACCAUUGUAGAGAAGGACAUGCAAUGACUUGUUGGGUUUGGGAAGUGCAUUGCUGUCAUUUCCAAUGAGAUUGUUGGUUGGUCAGAGCUUUGCUAGCCUUCUGCGUUUUUAUUUAUAUAUAU